AUGGCAAACCCUAAAGUCUUCUUCGACAUUUUGAUCGGAAACAUGAAGAAGGGUCGUGUGGUGAUGGAGCUAUUCGCAGAUGUAACACCGAAAACAGCAAACAACUUCAGAGCUCUGUGCACGGGAGAGAAUGGUAUCGGGAAAGCAGGGAAGCCACUACACUACAAAGGCUCAGCCUUUCACCGUAUCAUCCCAGGAUUCAUGUGCCAGGGAGGAGACUUCACACGUGGGAAUGGAACCGGAGGGGAGUCGAUUCACGGGUCCAAGUUCGAGGACGAGAACUUCAAGCUGAAGCAUACCGGUCCGGGGAUUCUGUCGAUGGCUAAUUCGGGUCCUCACACGAAUGGUUCUCAGUUCUUCAUCUGCACGGCCAAGACUUCGUGGCUUGACGGGAAACAUGUGGUGUUUGGGAAGGUUGUUGAUGGGUACGAUGUGGUUCAAGCUAUGGAGAAUGUUGGUUCUGACAGUGGAACUACCUCCGAGCGUGUUGUGAUUGAGGACUGUGGUGAGAUCAAGAACGAAAGCUCAUAA